CCAGGUAUUCGCCGGUGGUGAGGUGACCCAGAGUCCGAGUGGUUUUGCAUCCAGGUGUUUGCUCGCCUGGGAGCGGGGCUCCGGGUUGCUGUGUCCCUAGGUGUUGGUCCAGGGGUGGUGCGGGGCUCUGGGUUGCUGGACGCCCUCCGGGUAGCCAUGGCGACAGGAGCCAGGGGUCGCUGGGCCGCCGCGUCGCCAAGAGGCUGAGCCGGCAGCGGGCUGCGCCAUGGCGGCGCGGGGUUGCGGGCCCUGAGCGCCAGCUGCGGGCGCGCAUCAUGAACUCGUGGGACGCGGGCCUGGCGGGGCUGCUGGUGGGCACGAUCGGCGUGUCGCUGCUGUCCAACGGGCUGGUGCUGCUCUGCCUCCUGCACAGCGCUGAUAUCCGCCGUCAGGCGCCAGCGCUCUUCACCCUCAACCUCACGUGUGGCAACCUACUGUGCACUGUGGUCAACAUGCCACUCACACUGGCCGGCGUCGUAGCACAGCGACAGCCUGCUGGGGACCGCCUGUGCCGCCUGGCUGCCUUCCUCGACACCUUCCUGGCUGCCAACUCAAUGCUCAGCAUGGCCGCACUCAGCAUCGACCGCUGGGUGGCCGUGGUCUUCCCGCUAAGCUACCGUGCCAAGAUGCGCCUCCGCGAUGCUGCAUUCAUGGUGGCCUACACGUGGCUGCACGCGCUCACCUUCCCGGCCACCGCGCUGGCCCUGUCCUGGCUCGGCUUCCAUCAGCUCUAUGCCUCGUGUACGCUGUGCAGCCGGCGGCCCGAGGAGCGCCUGCGCUUUGCUGUCUUCACUAGCGCCUUCCAUGCGCUCAGCUUCCUGCUCUCCUUCAUCGUACUCUGCUUCACGUACCUCAAGGUGCUCAAAGUGGCCCGCUUCCACUGUAAGCGCAUCGAUGUGAUCACCAUGCAAACGCUUGUGCUGUUGGUGGACAUCCACCCCAGUGUGAGGGAACGCUGUUUGGAGGAGCAGAAGCGGAGGCGACAGCGUGCCACCAAAAAGAUCAGCACCUUCAUAGGGACCUUUCUCGUGUGCUUUGCCCCCUAUGUGAUUACCAGGCUGGUGGAACUCUUCUCCACAGCACCCAUUGGCUCCCACUGGGGUGUGCUGUCCAAGUGCUUGGCCUACAGCAAAGCUGCAUCUGACCCCUUCGUAUACUCCUUGCUGCGACACCAAUACCGUAGGAGCUGCAAGGAGCUUCUGAACAGGAUCUUCAACAGACGCUCCAUCCGCUCCCGCUCCGUGGGCCUCACAGGUGACUCACACAGCCAUAAUAUUCUGCCAGUGUCAGAAUGAAGAAUGGCACUCCUGUUGGGGAGU